AUGUCGUUCGAUUUUACUUCAAACAACCAUUACGUCCAGAUGGGAGUCAACCACGGUAACAUCUAUACGUGUACCGACCCGAUUUCAGUCACUUAUUCGCAAGACACCCCGACACCCAAUGUGGGCGGCAAAAUUGAUUCUGCCACUAAAGUAGCUCUGUUGCAGGCUCUGGUCAAAGCUCGAAGAUGCCUUGACAUGGUUCAGCACGCAGUGUCUCAAAAUACCCAGACUGCUGGGGCUGCGGAGCGCCUGAGCAGCCUUCUUCUGGACAUCAAAGAACUCGACCCUGAAUAG